AUUCAUCUCACAUUAGCUGGAUAUCUAAUAAACUCUCAAUAGCUGCGAAUUCGGCUUUUCGAGCUCUUUCGGAAGCCAUUUACGGCGAUUCUGAUGAGUUUUUGAAUUCGGAGAAGAAAUUGGUGAUCGAAUUGAUGCUAGAUGUGCUCACUGCUCCCUUUGAUUAAGAAUAUCAUAAAGGAGAGCUCCAUUCAUGGUGACGUUGAUGAAAUAUCUGCUGCGUCUGCUAGGACUCCUCUUGCGUACGCCAUUGUUGCUACUUAUCAGCUUAGAUGGUUUGUCUCACAGGUUGAGCAUCCGCAUUUGGGUGAAAUGUGUGCUUUGAUUAUUCCAUGUGCGCUUACAGCUCUUGAUCAUUGGUCUUCUGAAGUUAAAGGGCAGGGUAUGUUGAGCUUCAUACAUAUAGCUAAAAAUGUUAAUGCUGCUGAGCUUGGUGGAUAUGGAGAAGUGAUUCUUGAUGCAUGUUGUCACAAUAUCGUUUCCAGUGAUGAAAAUUGGCAAUAUGGUGUUGAGAUGUCUGUACUUCUUGUGACUUGUUUGCAAAGAAAUAACCCUCGUAGCCCCUGGUUUGAGAAGCUUUUAAACGAGAUGCUAGGUCAUUUGGAGCGCCAUCCUAGGAAUAAGGAGCACCGUAUUGCAUGGCUGGAACUCAUUGAACCAUUCUUUUGCUGUGUCGUUUUUCUGCUAGCUCACUUCAGACGUUUGUUUCCCCUAUUCUUCAAAUGGAUGCAUGCAGAUGACGAUGAAACUGUUUUGUUGGUUCUUUCAAGGAUCCGUGCAGUUGUAAAGUUGACAUGGAUAAGGAGCAGUGCGUACACGGUAAGAUUAGUGGAUGAACUGGUCAAUUUAUUCAAGGAGGCUGCUACGAAAAGUGCUCGAGAGGAGAUAAGAUUAUGUAUAUGUCAGAUAUUAAUCCUGCUUCAGCGAUGCAAAGGGCUACAAUUUGAAUUGACUUGGGAAAAGCACAAGGAUGAUCCAAACUUGACGAGUCUUGUUCAGUCCAUUGGUGGAAAUGCCACAUCAGUCAUCCAAUGAAUAUGAAAGUUCCUUUGCACUCAGGGGGAUUUUAAGAAAACAUGGUAACACAAAGGCACGGCCAAGGCUUCGUAUAAUGGAUCCCUGGAGAAGUUGGCACAUAAGUCGAUAGGGUUUGCAAUAUAAAGAGGCUGGUUAGAUCGGCGGACUGCGUUCAGGAUAUGCUAUUUCUCGUGCUCGAGUACCAUCUACAUGCUCUAGUUGGCUGGCAAAAUUCCAGGAGGAUCAUCUCCCUUUUAUUUUCUUUGACGUCUAACGGACAUGGAUAUCUUCAGUUAGUGCUGGCGUUAGUUGUGCUGGUGUUUAGCUGCUUAGCCUCCAAACAUUUUGCUUUGUUAUUGUAGUAGUUUUGUAGAUAUGAAGUACUCAUUCAGAUUGGAUGAUGUUUAAUUGUAGAGCUAAUUUAGUAUGAAGUAUAAACAAUGACAUUUCUCAUUUUCUCUUGAA